UGCUCGGCUUUUGAUUACAUUCCCCUGUGCUUCGUGGGGCCUUGCCACUGAUUGGGAGUUUGUAUUGCAUUAUAAUAGAUCACUUCUUGAUUUUGCAGUCAUUUUAGUCAACAGAGCGAUUGUAAAUCAUGGCAGACGACGAAUUAGAGGCUAUAAGGCAACAGAGAAUGGCGGAACUACAGGCAAAGCACGGGAAUGCUUCAAAUAAUCAGCAAGGAGAUGAGGCUAAACAAAGAGAAUCAGAGAUGAGAAAUUCAAUAUUGGCCCAAGUUCUUGACCAGUCUGCCCGUGCCAGAUUGAGCAACCUUGCCUUGGUGAAGCCAGAAAAGGCCAAUGCAGUUGAAAACUAUCUCAUUCAAAUGGCUCGUUUUGGAAAAUUAGGAGGAAAGAUUUCUGAGACAGGUUUGAUUGAGAUUCUAGAAAAAGUCAGCCAGCAAACAGAGAAGAAGACAACAGUCAAAUUCAACAGACGGCGAGUGAUGGACUCUGAUGAUGAGGACGAUUACUAGCUCUAAUCUGGAGGACUAAAAAGAGACGGGACAUCCUUUACUGGGACUUUGGUAGCACCUUUGACUAGCUGAAUCCUGAGAUGCCACACCAGUUUCUGUGUGUCUCUGGAAACAGUAUGCAGAGAGGAAUAACCAACAGAGUGGAGUAGUCACUGCGGCAUAAGUGGUGGGGGUAAAAUGCACACAGUGUAAUUUAAGAUGUUCUCUUCAGAUUUCCUUUUGGUAAAGUUGUGCACUUCUUGUGAUUACCCCUGAUGGCUCAUGGCGUCAUUGACUCCACCAGUUCUUCUCCAUAGUUACUCUUUUUUUAUGUUUUACCAUGACUUAUUUUCAUCAAAAAAGAUAAUAUACUGCUUUUGGAUUUAUUUUCAACUGUUAUCUGAUACAUCACAGUCCUCUGCCAAGGGAAAUCUCCCUGUUUUGGGGAUUUAGCUUGGAUAUUUUCUUUUUGCUGAUAUGUAUCUUGAAGGUUUACAUGUAUAUUAAACAAAAGCCUUAAAGUGCUCCGAAUGAUCCCUUUCCAAAAUGAUCAGCUUGAUAAUGAACAAGUGUUCAACCCUUUUGAGAAGGUUUCUGUUUAGGUUUUUGGUCCUUGCAAAUGAUGUUCCAUUGGGUCAGUUGGGUUGGCACAGUCAUCCUGGUUUUGAAAAUGAGAAACACAAAAAUGGAAAAAAUCUGCAUCAUUACGCACUUACUUGACUUACUGGCUCUUUAUGGAUGAUUGAUUAUUGUGCUGAAUGAACAAUCUCAUAUAGCUGACUUUAUGUCUAGAUCUAGAGUUAUCAGUUUACCAAAUGUAUCCAACUGCUUUUAAAAUAAAAUUCAAAGAAAA